CCCGUGGGCUACCGUUUCAUUUCACCUUCAGGCUGCAGCGAUAAGAAAAGCCUCGCGUCUUUCCGCUAUCUUCAUGCAUAUUGACUAGAUUGAUUCAUUUCUUUCUCCUGUUUGUUUCUCGAGGAAAUUUUCUGAACCUCCGAGAUUCUGCCAUGGAUUGGAUUCGGCCACUAAGCUCCGUUGACUGGCACCAUGAAUCUUACCCGGCCUAUGAGGAUUUCGCCAUUCUCCCCUUCUUCGUCCUCCUCUUCCCCUCCGUGCGUUUUUUCCUCGACAGAUUUGUGUUGGAGAAAGUGGGCAGGUGGUUGAUUUUUGGAAAGGGGCAUGAGAUGCUGGAUUUUGAGACAGCUGAGAGGAGGAAGAAGAUUAGAAAGUUUAAGGAAUCAGCAUGGAAAUGUGUUUAUUAUCUGUCAUCAGAAAUUCUAGCUUUGACAGUAACUUAUGAUGAGCCUUGGUUUACUAAUACAAGAAAUUUUUGGGUGGGACCAGGUGAUCAGGUCUGGCCAGAUCAAAAGAUUAAGUUGAAAUUAAAAGGACUCUACAUGUUUGCUGCUGGAUUUUACACAUACUCCAUAUUUGCUUUGAUAUUUUGGGAAACAAGGCGCUCUGACUUUGGAGUGUCAAUGGGCCAUCAUGUUGCCACUGUCAUUCUGAUUGUGCUGUCUUACAUUUUUAGGUUUGCUAGGGUUGGAUCAAUUGUUUUGGCGCUUCAUGAUGCUAGUGAUGUAUUUCUGGAGAUGGGGAAAUUGUCUAAGUACAUUGGUGCUGAAAUGAUUGCUAGCAUUGCAUUUAUUCUUUUCGUUCUGUCUUGGAUCAUAUUGCGCCUCAUCUAUUAUCCAUUCUGGAUCCUUUGGAGUACAAGUUAUGAGGUUGUACUCACCUUGGAUAAGGAAAAGCACCCAGUUGAUGGUCCAAUAUACUAUUAUGUGUUCAAUAGCCUUCUAUACUGCUUGCUUGUACUGCAUAUUUAUUGGUGGGUGCUCAUCUACCGGAUGCUUGUUAAACAAAUCCAAGCUAGAGGCAAACUUAGUGAAGAUGUUCGAUCUGAUUCUGAAGAUGAAGAUGAACAUGAAGAUUAAGCAGGAGAGAAGGAUUUGCAUGGAUAACCUAAACCGAAGACAUAGUUUGGGUUAUUUCUUGCAGAUAAAAGAAUUGUUUAAGAUCCACACCUCUUCUUUGCCCUUGCCCUUGGCUCCCACGACAAUCUUGUGGAUCAACGUAAUCUCCACGUGGAGGGUUGUGGUUAUACUACUAAUUCAAGAGGAAGUAGAUGGAGAGAAUUUUCAAUCUUCGUCUAAACUUUUGAUUUACGUGGCUCAACUCUGAUUUUCAGUCUGCAGCUCACAAUUUGUUGUAACGAUAUUGGUUUUGCUUGAGUCGUUGUCAUCCACUCCUGAUUUCAACGGCGAGCUGUGAAGGAUUUUGCUCGCUUUUCUCUUGGGUAUGAAGAACUAUACCUCAUUUUGUCUUCCCUUGUUUUCCUUUUGGGGUUCAAUGUUAUGCACUUUAUUUGUUGGGAGGAACAUUCUUAGACUUGGACUUGGGUGCAAGAAAUUAUUCUAUGGUACAGUGAAUAUCGAACUUAAUGCUGAGAUUGUUUAAGCUUCAA